UUUCUGUUUAUGAUAAUGUAGAUGCAAAUCUUUGUGAAGACUCUCACAGGAAAGACAAUCACCCUUGAGGUGGAGAGCUCCGAUACAAUUGACAAUGUUAAGGCCAAGAUUCAAGACAAAGAAGGGAUCCCUCCAGACCAGCAGCGUCUGAUUUUUGCUGGCAAGCAGCUGGAGGAUAGGCGUACCCUUGCUGAUUAUAACAUCCAAAAGGAGUCCACCCUCCAUUUGGUGCUCCGUCUUCGUGGUGGUAUGCAAAUAUUUGUGAAGACUCUCACUGGAAAGACAAUCACCCUUGAGGUGGAGAGCUCUGAUACCAUUGACAAUGUUAAGGCCAAGAUACAAGACAAAGAGGGUAUCCCACCAGACCAGCAGAGGCUCAUCUUUGCUGGAAAACAGCUUGAAGAUGGCAGAACAUUGGCCGAUUAUAACAUCCAGAAAGAGUCAACUCUUCAUCUCGUUUUGCGACUUCGUGGUGGUAUGCAGAUUUUUGUAAAGACCCUUACAGGAAAGACAAUUACUUUGGAGGUAGAGAGCUCGGACACGAUUGACAAUGUAAAGGCUAAGAUUCAGGACAAGGAGGGCAUUCCCCCAGACCAGCAGAGGCUCAUUUUUGCUGGAAAACAGCUUGAAGAUGGCAGAACUCUUGCUGAUUACAACAUCCAGAAAGAGUCAACUCUUCACCUUGUCUUGCGUCUUCGUGGUGGUAUGCAGAUUUUUGUAAAGACCCUUACAGGAAAGACAAUUACUUUGGAGGUUGAGAGCUCGGACACGAUUGACAAUGUAAAGGCUAAGAUUCAGGACAAGGAGGGCAUUCCCCCAGACCAGCAGAGGCUCAUUUUUGCUGGAAAACAGCUUGAAGAUGGCAGAACUCUUGCUGAUUACAACAUCCAGAAAGAGUCAACUCUUCACCUUGUCUUGCGUCUUCGUGGUGGUAUGCAGAUUUUUGUAAAGACCCUUACAGGAAAGACAAUUACUUUGGAGGUUGAGAGCUCGGACACGAUUGACAAUGUAAAGGCUAAGAUUCAGGACAAGGAGGGCACCCCAGACCAGCAGAGGCUCAUUUUUGCUGGAAAGCAGCUUGAAGAUGGCAGAACUCUUGCUGAUUACAACAUCCAGAAAGAGUCGACUCUUCACCUUGUCUUGCGUCUUCGCGGUGGUAUGCAGAUUUUUGUUAAGACACUCACAGGCAAAACAAUUACUUUGGAGGUAGAGAGCUCGGACACUAUUGAUAAUGUCAAGGCCAAGAUACAGGACAAGGAGGGUAUCCCCCCAGACCAGCAAAGGUUGAUUUUUGCUGGAAAGCAGCUUGAAGAUGGCAGGACAUUGGCUGAUUAUAACAUUCAGAAGGAAUCAACCCUUCAUCUUGUUCUUCGUUUGAGGGGAGGCAUGCAGAUCUUUGUGAAGACUUUGACAGGAAAGACCAUUACAUUGGAGGUGGAAAGCUCAGACACCAUUGAUAAUGUUAAGGCAAAAAUACAGGAUAAGGAGGGAAUCCCACCUGAUCAGCAGAGGUUGAUCUUUGCUGGGAAGCAGCUUGAAGAUGGCCGGACUUUGGCCGAUUACAACAUUCAGAAAGAGUCUACCCUUCACCUUGUCCUUCGUCUGAGGGGAGGUAUGCAGAUCUUUGUGAAGACGUUGACCGGUAAGACCAUCACCUUAGAGGUAGAAAGUUCAGACACAAUUGAUAAUGUGAAGGCAAAAAUCCAGGACAAGGAAGGAAUCCCACCAGAUCAGCAGAGGUUGAUCUUUGCUGGGAAGCAAUUGGAGGAUGGAAGGACCCUUGCUGACUACAACAUUCAGAAGGAGUCUACUCUUCACCUUGUUUUGCGUCUUCGUGGUGGGAUGCAAAUCUUCGUUAAGACCCUCACUGGCAAGACCAUCACUCUCGAAGUUGAGAGUUCAGAUACCAUAGACAAUGUUAAGGCAAAAAUUCAAGACAAGGAAGGAAUCCCACCAGACCAGCAGCGUCUGAUUUUUGCUGGCAAGCAGUUGGAGGAUGGGCGUACCCUUGCUGAUUAUAACAUCCAAAAGGAAUCCACCCUCCAUUUGGUGCUCCGUCUCCGUGGUGGUAUGCAAAUAUUUGUGAAGACUCUCACUGGAAAGACGAUCACCCUUGAGGUGGAGAGUUCUGAUACCAUAGACAAUGUUAAGGCAAAAAUUCAAGACAAGGAAGGAAUCCCACCAGACCAGCAGCGUCUGAUUUUUGCUGGCAAGCAGUUGGAGGAUGGGCGUACCCUUGCUGAUUAUAACAUCCAAAAGGAAUCCACCCUCCAUUUGGUGCUCCGUCUCCGUGGUGGUAUGCAAAUAUUUGUGAAGACUCUCACUGGAAAGACGAUCACCCUUGAGGUGGAGAGUUCUGAUACCAUUGACAAUGUUAAGGCCAAGAUACAAGACAAAGAGGGUAUCCCACCAGACCAGCAGAGGCUCAUCUUUGCUGGAAAGCAGCUUGAAGAUGGCAGAACCUUGGCUGAUUACAACAUCCAGAAGGAGUCAACUCUCCAUCUUGUGCUGCGACUUCGCGGUGGUAUGCAGAUUUUUGUUAAGACCCUUACAGGAAAGACUAUUACUUUGGAGGUAGAGAGCUCGGACACAAUUGACAAUGUGAAGGCCAAGAUACAAGACAAGGAGGGCAUCCCCCCAGACCAGCAAAGGUUGAUUUUUGCUGGAAAGCAACUUGAAGAUGGCCGAACUCUAGCUGAUUAUAACAUCCAGAAAGAGUCGACUCUUCAUCUUGUCUUGCGACUUCGUGGUGGUAUGCAGAUUUUUGUUAAGACCCUAACUGGAAAAACGAUUACUUUGGAGGUGGAGAGCUCAGACACAAUUGACAAUGUAAAGGCUAAGAUUCAGGACAAGGAGGGCAUUCCCCCAGACCAGCAAAGGUUGAUCUUUGCUGGAAAGCAGCUUGAAGAUGGCAGAACCUUGGCAGAUUAUAACAUCCAGAAAGAAUCCACUCUUCAUCUUGUCCUUCGUUUGAGGGGAGGCAUGCAGAUCUUUGUGAAGACUUUGACAGGAAAGACCAUUACAUUGGAGGUGGAAAGCUCAGACACCAUCGAUAAUGUUAAGGCAAAAAUACAGGAUAAGGAGGGAAUCCCACCUGAUCAGCAGAGGUUGAUCUUUGCUGGGAAGCAGCUUGAAGAUGGCCGGACUUUGGCCGAUUACAACAUUCAGAAAGAGUCUACCCUUCACCUUGUCCUUCGUCUGAGGGGAGGUAUGCAGAUCUUUGUGAAGACGUUGACCGGUAAGACCAUCACCUUAGAGGUAGAAAGUUCAGACACAAUUGAUAAUGUGAAGGCAAAAAUCCAGGACAAGGAAGGAAUCCCACCAGAUCAGCAGAGGUUGAUCUUUGCUGGGAAGCAAUUGGAGGAUGGAAGGACCCUUGCUGACUACAACAUUCAGAAGGAGUCUACUCUUCACCUUGUUUUGCGUCUUCGUGGUGGAUUUUAAAUAUUUAGGUUUUGUUUAGUUGUCUUUUAUUGUGUGCUGAAUCCUAAGCAUGUUUUUGGUUUUUUCAGUUUCAGAACUUGUUGCAUGGGUCUUGAUAAUGGCCCUUAUCUUUUGUUUGUUGUGGUACUCGUAUCUGUCUCUUUCUCUUUGUCAAACUUAAUGAAUAUGAACUAAUAAUUGCUGUCAUUCAGAGAUGAA